AAUGAAGGGAAUAAUCACUUUAUCCUCUCCCACCUUCACUUUCCUGCCUUCCCUUCCCCAGGCCCUUCCAAUGGCAGCUGGCCCAACUCUACUGCAAGCGAGAGCCACCUCCUGAGGGAGAACUACACCUUCUCAACAUACUACCAGCACUCCUCCCCUGUGGCCGCCAUGUUCAUCCUGGCCUACACCUUCAUCUUCCUCAUGUGCAUGAUCGGCAACAUCCUGGUGUGCUUCAUCGUGGUGAAGAACCGCCAGAUGCGGACAGUCACCAACAUGUUCAUCCUCAACCUGGCCAUCAGCGACCUGCUGGUGGGCAUCUUCUGCAUGCCCACCACCUUGGUGGACAACCUCAUCACGGGUUGGCCCUUUGACAAUACCAUGUGCAAAAUGAGCGGCCUGGUGCAGGGCAUGUCCGUCUCCGCCUCCGUUUUCACGCUGGUGGCCAUCGCCGUGGAGAGGUUUCGCUGCAUCGUCCACCCCUUCCGGCAGAAGCUGACACUGAGGAAAGCCCUGGUGACCAUCACCCUCAUCUGGGUGCUGGCCCUGCUCAUCAUGUGCCCCGCUGCCAUCACCCUGACCGUCACCAGGGAGGAGCACCACUUCAUGGUGGACACCUACAACAACUCCUACCCCCUCUACUCCUGUUGGGAGGCCUGGCCCGAGACAGGGAUGAGGAGGAUCUACACCACCGUCCUCUUCUCCCACAUCUACGUGGCCCCCCUCGCCCUCAUCAUCGUCAUGUACACCCGCAUAGCCUUCAAGCUCUUCAAGUCGGCGGCGCCUGCCGGCGGCCGAGAGGAGCCGGAGGGGAGGAAGGUCUCCCGGAGGAAGGCCAAGGUCAUCAACAUGCUCAUCAUCGUCGCCCUCUUCUUCACCCUCUCCUGGCUGCCCCUCUGGACGUUGAUGCUGUUGACGGACUACGGGCGGCUGAGCGAGGGCCAGCUCCGCCUGGUCACCGUCUACGUCUUCCCCUUCGCCCACUGGUUGGCCUUCUUCAACAGCAGCGCCAACCCCAUCAUCUACGGCUACUUCAACGAGAACUUCCGACGGGGCUUCCAGGAGGCCUUCCGGGCCCCCUUCUGCUCGCCCCGCCGCCAUCGCGACGGCCGCCGCGCGAUCCUCUUCGGCACCCGCAACCGCGUCUUUGCCCAGGCGCGGGCCAGCGACUCGCCCCCCGCCUCCGAGUCGGGGCCGUUGGCGCCGCGCCGCGCCGGCGUCCCCGCCUGGGACGGCUGACCACCCACGCGGCUACCGGGCGCCUCCGGACCGCGAGGCUUUACGGGGUGGGGAACGGGGUUUCGCCACGGUCGCGGGCCGCGAGUCGCUGAAAUAAAGGCGCGUCCCGCUGACGCCAUGUCCCUGCCUUAGCGUCGUCGGGGAACGGGGCGGGGGGGGGCACGUGGCGGACCAAGCCAUACCACACCGCUGUGGCCACGCCAUGCCGUACUGCUGGGCUACCCAAAACCGUGGUGAGUUGCCCACACCC